AUGAGAGAGCCGCUCAACAGCUACCUUGUGCUUGCUUCGAGAUCAAUUUAUGACUACUUCCGCAAGGGUGGUGAGACACUUCCACGAGACUUUGAAGAGAAGAACAGAUUGACCAGGCAGCUCUCAUGGACAUUACCGGAGGCAAGCCCCACCACAGUUGAACGUGUGAAACCUUCUAAGGCAAGGCGGCUUUCUUCAUGCAAGUCUGAGGAUGCCACGGUGAAGACUGAGUUCCGCUUUCUUCCGCUCUUCUGGUUUUUGGGCAUGGACGACAAGCCGGCGCAGCGAGUUUACUUCAACUUGGAACUUGCACGAGUAAGGUGUGUGGCGCUGAAGGAGAAGGAGAUCGCCUUCAUAGAGGCUCAGCAAAUCAAGUUCACGGCUCCCCAUCCGCUGAACUUGGUGGCCUCCUACCUCCUCAUCGACCUUCGCCAAAGUGGAUACGUGGAAAUCUACGGCCCCAACACCCAGAACGUCUACGGACAUUUGCAGGAUUGGUUGGAAAAGCAUUGGCAUGCCAAGUCCAUCCCGGCGGAUCCCCACUUCUGUGAUCGAAAGUUCAAGUGCACCGCCUUCCGAAAACGAGGCUCAGAAGGCGAAAACAACAUGGGCCUUUGUGCCACGAAGCUGGUGGACUUUCUGAACAAGGUCUGCCACUGGAAGAUGAUCGCCUGCAAUGCCAGCAACUUCGGCCGCUUCGGCGACCAGCGGGAGCAGCAGAUUGCUAUCCGCUACGAUGAUUUCAAGCACAAGGAUUGUGUCCAUGUGCUGGUGGAAUUGCGUGACGUGGGCUACAUCGAGGUUUCGGGCCUCGAGGACGCGUCGUCGACGGUGGCGAAGGCAGUGCAUGAGUUCAUCACCCACCAGUGGCACUGCUCAGAGUACCGGAACAAUAUCUUCGAAGCUUUCAGUGCCAAGUACUGUGACCGAAAAUACAGGACUCCUCCCAACUUCUACCUGCGGGAGGGCUUGCGGAACACCUUGGGCCGCCGCACCAUUGAGCUAGCAACCUUCAUGUCCGCACAAGGGUGGGAGCUGGCUGCAUGCAACGGAGGAAGCCUCUAUUUGCCGAAGCAAAAGCAGAGGUCCGGUGACGGCCUGGUCCGCGAGAACCAGAUCAAGUUCGUGGGUGAUGGCACCGUCGGUUCCACACCGCUGACAGCGCGCCCGCUGCUGCUGGUCGAGUUUCGGACGCUGCCGGGAUGCGAUGCGAUGGGGCGAGCCUUUCUGGAGUCAUUCAUUGAAAUCACUGGCUUUGAUACCAACGGAAUUUAUGCAACACUUUCCGAAUUUGUACAGCUACUCAGCGGCUUUGCCUGUGAAGCUUUCCAAAUGAAGGAGGCCACCUUGAAGUGCAAGGAAGGCCGAUUUCUUGGGGAGAGCAACUUCGGGAAAUAUGCAAUGCGACUUUGCGACUUCAUGGUGGACUACCUGGGAGAAUGGGAACUCUUGGUUUGCAACAACAAUUGCCUAAGUGUCUCGCUGCAAGGGCAGCCAUCACUGGCACGAGAGGCACAAAUGGUCUUUCGCUUUCGAGACCGCAGUCGGGAUGUCUUUGUCUCCAGUGGACAGGCGUCCCUGCUCCGGCGUCCGCCCAUGAUGGCACCCGGGUACUGGACGGAGCCCGGGAAGGCUGGGAUGGUGGCACAGGAGGUGGUCCCUGCGAGUAGUGAAGAACUGGUGAUGCUUCAAGAGGUCUUGGAUGGAACCUACAAGGCGAAGCGCACGCGGGACCGUCUGGGACAACCGGUGCCGUCGCGCUUGGUCGUGGUGGCCGCCCUGCGCUCGGAGACGCCCGAGCUGUGGGACCGCUAUGCUCGCCGAAGACAGCGCCUGGAACAAGAACUGAAGGGCGAGAAGGACCUGGUCACACCGGUGACCUUGGCUGCCAGCUUGGGCCUUACGUUGCGCUGCAUCCACGAGGACCGCGGCAAUGCCAGCAAUGAAGCGUACCUCCUUCACGGAAGCAAUCCGACUUCUGCGAUGUCCAUCUUGGGGACGUCCUUCAAAAUGGACUUAGCGGGCAAGAACGCUGGGAGCAUGUUUGGACCUGGCAUCUAUAUGGCAGAAUCGUCCGUGAAAGCCGAUGAGUACGCCCGGGAUGACACCAGCGGCUCCUACGCAGGUCUCUUUGCCGUCCUCUUCUGCCGUGCCUUGGUGGGCCGAUCCCUGCAGGUCACCGAUCCCGCGGACUAUGGGCCUCUGGUCACCAACGGAGACUUCCACUCGGUGGUCGGGGACCGCGAGCGCGCCGUGGGCACGUUUCGUGAGUUCGUCUUCUUUCAUGAAGAGUCCAUCUAUCCCGAGUUCGCGGUCUUCUACCGCAGAGAAUUGUAGAGGUGCUGGGACCCGUCUGUUUGGGGUGCUUUGGGGUGCUGAAGGUUCAGCCGAUGGAGGGAGACUCGGCUGGGAGAAGCCUGGAGAUGCCAUGACCGAUUCGUGCAGGUUUUGGGAGACUCCGAGAACUGAGCAAAGCUUGGGUUCCGUGAUCGGCGUGAUCGGGCUUUCUGACCAUUUCUCCA